UGCCUUGAGAAGGAGAAAUGUGAAACCUUCCAAGACUGCUUAACCUGGGCUCGACUGAGGUUUGAGGAUUAUUUUGUGAACCGUGUCAAGCAAUUGAUAUACACAUUCCCUGAAGAUGCUGCGACUAGUACCGGAGCUCCUUUCUGGUCUGCUCCAAAAAGAUUCCCUCGUCCACUCCAGUACUCGUCUUCCGACCCAAGUCUCCUUAACUUUAUCACAUCGACUGCUAUUUUACGAGCAGAGACAUUUGGGAUUCCGAUUCCUGAGUGGACCAAAAACCCCAAGGAAGCAGCAGAAGCUGUUGACAGAGUGAUAGUCCCAGACUUUGAGCCAAGAAAAGAUGCAAAGAUCGUGACUGACGAGAAAGCUACCACUUUAACAACUGCUUCGGUGGACGACGCUGCAGUCAUCAACGAUCUCAUUGCUAAGCUCGACCAGUGUAGGCAUAACUUGACUCCAGACUUCAGGAUGAAACCAAUUCAGUUCGAAAAGGAUGAUGACACGAACUAUCACAUGGAUGUGAUAGCGGGACUAGCCAACAUGAGAGCGAGGAACUACAGUAUCCCUGAAGUCGACAAGCUGAAAGCAAAGUUCAUCGCAGGGAGAAUCAUCCCAGCCAUUGCGACUUCAACAGCCAUGGCUACUGGACUGGUCUGCCUCGAGCUGUACAAGGUCCUUGAUGCAGGACACAAAGUGGAAGACUACAGGAACACAUUUGCUAACUUGGCGCUUCCACUCUUCUCCAUGGCUGAGCCGGUUCCUCCAAAGGUGGUUAAGCACCGCGACACGGCGUGGACCGUAUGGGACAGAUGGGUGCUCAAGGGAAACCCAACUCUGCGUGAGGUUUUACAGUGGCUGGAGGACAAAGGGCUUAGCGCGUACAGCAUCUCGUGCGGAAGCUGUCUUCUGUUCAACAGUAUGUUCCCGAAGCACAAGGAGAGGAUGGACAAGAAGGUUGUGGAUCUUGCUCGGGAUAUCGCCAAAGUGGAGCUGCCACCAUACCGCCACCAUCUUGAUGUAGUGGUGGCUUGUGAGGAUGAAGAUGACAAUGAUGUCGAUAUUCCUCUCGUCUCUAUCUACUACAGGUGAGAAUCUUCAAUCAGAAAAAAACAGUUGAAAAGAAAAAAAGAAACCAGACAGAAGAAAGAUGAAACUCGUGAGAUCAAAUUUGUGUGUUUUGUCUCUUGCAUCUGCCCUACGUAUUUUCUUUUGGAUGCUUUUGGGUGAGAUGACUAUUUUUACUUCGGGUGGGAUAGAAUCCCAUUUUAUCAAUCUCUCGUUCUAUUUCUACUGUUUUUAUGUACACUUCGUGGUGUGGUUUUACCCACGCAUCAACCCAUCUGAACAUGUUUUGUGUCCAACGAAUCUCGAGUUUUCCUUUUUCCA